UCCCUUUCCUUCCUCUUUCUGUACAACCAAAGUGAGGCAGUCAUUAAACAGGGAUUAAGAGACAGGCUUUCAUAAUGUAGCAGAAAGGACAUGAUACAGCCCCCAGAAUGGAGCUGGCUUUCUUAUCAGCAUUCUCAACCAUGGAUAAUAAAGGAGUAUAAUUCAGGAUGAUUAUCACAGCCAUACAACUCUUUUGAAGAAAGAAAAUCAGCUUUAUUUUCCCAAUGCAUUCCGAUGCAUUUCCUGGAACUUAAAAUUAAUGUACUGUGAUUUUAAAGGACAGGAUUCUCCUUUGAAAGAUUUCAGAACCAUUGGACAGGAUGUAGAACAUUACUCACCUUAUUCCUCUACUGCUGCACUCGUCAGACAACAUGGCCGGGUUAAAAUAUAACAUAUUAGUAUCAGUAGCAAUUGUCCUUCACAUUGCCCAGUUCACCGUUGGCUAUAGCUUCAGGAAUUGCACUGAGGACCCAAACUCAAACCACACAAUAUUCCUUUGUAUCCGUCACCAGGCAAAGAACAUUUCUGCCAUUAUAGGUGACCUGCCACCCUAUGCCACCACAAUUAUAAUCUCCAUAAACCUGAUAAAACACAUACCAGACAAUACCUUUGUUCACCUUCCUAACCUCAGGACACUUCAGAUUGACAAUAACCAUCUGGAGACUAUAGACAACCAGGCAUUCCAAAAUAUGAGCCAACUGAAGAGCCUAAACCUGUCCUUGAACAAAAUAUCAAAUCUCAGCUCCUCUGUGUUUCAAGACCUCAAAAACCUUGUCAACCUGUCACUAAAUAAUAACUCAGUGAUUAGGCUCCCUCCAGGUAUUUUCUCCUCACUCUCCAAUCUGGAUGUCCUCAUAUUACGGCAGAACUACCUGAACAACUUCUCUGCGGUGGCAGAAUCUGUGACUCACUUAUCGAAGCUGACAAAACUAGAUCUGUGCAAUAACUAUCUAACGUCCCUCCAUCAUUCUAACCAAACAGACCUACCAGAGUCCCUCACCACCCUCUAUCUCUGUAAAAACAAACUGGUCACUUUAGCAUGUGAGUGGGGAUUCCUCAGCCAUGUACUACUGCUGGAUCUCUCCUACAAUGACCAGCUCCCUUCAAGGGCUUUCCAAGGUGUGGACUUGCGGAAGCUAAACUACAUGCGUUUGCGUUCAACCAAUGUUACAGUGCCAGAGCUUUUCAAUGUCAGCAAUGUUAGAGGUGGAAACAUAGACUUCUCUGGUAUGGGGUUGAAGACUGUCAAUCUGCUCAUGGAGUUAUGCAGCCUUUUGAGUACAAAGGUCAAAUUUGUUAAAAAGCUGAGUCUGGGAAGCAAUGGGAUUCUGUCAUUGCGAAAGAACACACUUUCAAACUGUCCACCAAUCCGAGGUUUAUUGGACCUUUCUUUCAACCAGUUGAAGAAGGUAAGAUGCCUCCACUUUCUCAAAGGACAGGAUCAAAUCAAGAAAUUCACAGCAGAGAAAAACCACCUCACCUCCCUAAUGUCCUGCAACAGACAGAACCUCUCUUUCCCAAAUCUGACAGAUCUGAGCUACCGUUACAAUCGCAUACUCAAUGUGAACUCUUUUGCUUUCCACCACACACCAAAUGUGAAGACCCUACAACUCAAUAUAAACAUAAUCGCCUAUCUUGACCAUAAGGCUUUCAGUGGGCUGACUAAUCUUGUCACACUGCGUCUGGACAAUAACCUCCUGACAGAUCUGUACAAGGAUAGCUUUGAAGAUCUGCAUAGCCUGGAAAUACUUAACCUACGUAACAAUCAGAUAGCUGUUAUUUUCAACAAGACUUUCCAUUCACUCAAACACCUGCACAUUUUGGAUCUUGGAGGGAACAAAAUUACUCAUUUUGAAGAGUCAGCCUUUGUGGGGCUCGAUAACCUGGCCAAUUUUUACCUUGAUGGAAACAAUCUCAAACAGAUUGACAGCUCCAAGUUUAAACCAUUCCAUGCUACUCUUGAAGUUCUUGAUCUACAUGGGAAUCAGGUUAGCUUCUCUUCUAAACGCACCAACUCUCCUUUCGUGAAUCUAACAAAACUUCGCAACCUCAAACUAGAUGCGCAGAUGCCCCACGGCCUCAACAUGCUGCCUUAUGCCUUUUUCCGUGGUCUCAACUCCCUCCAAUCGCUCUACCUUACCGACAAUCACAUCUUCAGCUUCGCAGCAGACACUUUUGACGAUCUGACCAACUUGACUUUCCUCUCCUUGGACAACUCCUGUGCCGGGGUGAUGCAGCUGCAGCCGGGUGUCUUCAAAAACCUGCGGAAAUUGAGCAAGCUCAGUGCAAGGAACAUGGGCAUCCAGUCCAUCUCAAAGGAGGUUUUUGGGAAUCUGACAGAGCUGCAGAUCUUGCUUCUCAACCAAAACGUAAUGCAAUCCUUAGAUGUGAAUGUGCUGGAGGCUCUCCCUAAACUGCGCUACCUGGACCUGCGCAACAUUCCUCUUAGUUGCACCUGCCUCAACAGUGACCUGCAGAACUGGACUUUGACUAACCAGAGAGUCCAGUUAGUCUUACUAUACAGUCUACAGUGCCAAGAUAAAAAACUCCAAAAAAGCUUCUACAACUUUGACACCAAUGUUUGCUACCUGGACCUGGGAGAGUACCUUUUUGCCACCACAACCACUGUGAUUUUACUGCUGACUAUAAUCCCACUUCUCUACACCAAGCUGUAUUGGAAACUGAAGUAUAGCUAUUAUGUGUUCCGCUCCUGGUUCGGCCAACACUGGCGCAGGCUGAGGGAGAAAGAGGAGCACUGCAAAUACGAUGCUUUCAUCUCCUAUAACUCGGCGGACGAGCCCUGGGUACUUGACCAGCUACUUCCAAACCUGGAGGGCAACGGAGCCUCUUUCAGGCUGUGCCUGCACCACCGUGACUUUGAGCUGGGCCGCAACAUCGUGGACAACAUCGUCUCCGCCGUGUACAGCAGCCGCAAGACCAUCUGCGUGGUUAGUAGGCACUUCCUGUGCAGCGAGUGGUGUUCCCUGGAGAUCCAGCUGGCCAGCUACAGGCUCUUCCAUGAGCUCCGGGAUGUGCUCCUGCUCAUCUUCCUGGAACCCAUCCCUGAAAGGCAGCUCUCAGCUUACCACCGUAUGAGAAAGGUCAUGUUGAAGAAGACCUACCUGCAGUGGCCGGGGUCAGACUGCACGGACCCGGUCAAGGCUCAGGAACUGUUUUGGAACCAUCUGAGGAGGGCGCUGAGGAGUGGGAGCAGCAGGUUUGAAGAGGAUGAGGGGAGGGAGGAAUACUUCAAUCAGCCACCGAUGGAUGAUGAUAACUAUUACUUAAUGCCUUAAGGAAAUGGUAAUAGGACACAUUUUUCCCUAGCAGCAGUCUGAUUCCUGGAUAUGAAACAAAGGUCAAUGUAGUAAAAGUACAGAAAUUAUGCACACACAGACACAUACAAAGACAGAGAGAGGAACUGAAUCUCUUGUAAAUGUGCCCUCUGUGCCAUGAUUUCUACUUGCUUGAAAUCCAGCAUCGUCUAUGCUUUGAUUUAGUGCUAUAAUAACCUUAAUUCAUUUUUUU